AUGGCGGAACAGCAACAGCGUGACUUGCUUUGCCCACGGCUGAUAGACUAUCUGGCGAUAGUGGGCGCCCGCUCGACGCUGGUGACCAGAUCCGGUAAUGGCGGCAACGCAGGACAGACCGGUCCCGUCACACAAUCGUCCGUACAGCUGCCCGAGCUGUUGCGCCGUUACCCCCCAACGGACCAUGCCGACUUCCCGUUGCCACUGGACAUGGUGUACUUCUGCCAGCCGGAAGGGUGCAUCAGCGUGAACUCGCGGCGGACCAAUGCUGCUAUCAAGGACGCCACCUCGUUCGUGUUUGCGCUCACCGACAAGGACUCGGGUAAAACCAGGCACGGGAUCUGCGUGAACUUCUACCGACCGAUCGAAAAGUCGGCCCCUAGGGCGCACCGGAACAGCGCAGCGCUGGGCAAGCAGGACACCAACAACUCCUCGCUAAGGCGGGAAUCGUGGCGGAAGAGCAUCGAAAAAAGCUCCGAUUCGGCGUUUUCCAGCGACUACCGGAGCAGCAACAUCGCACCGAGCGACUCGUCGGACCGGGACUGUCCGAGCCGGCUCGACUCGGAUCCACCACAUCCGGGUGCGGCCCAGUCGAUGCUGGGCGUUGCACCGGGCCCGUUGGCCGAUUCCGAAUCCGGUGGGGGGAGCCCGGCGCAGGUGCUGCGUUCGUCCGGUCACAAGCGGUCCAAGGUCCGGAACCACUCCCUCACCUCGCUGUGUAUCCUCUCGCACCACCCAUUUCUGUCCAUCUUCCGCGAGUGUCUGUUUAUCCUGAAAAGACUGAUCGACGCCUGCAACGACUCGGCGAACGCGAAGGGGAUGCCCGGGGCGCCGCGGGUGUCCAGCCGGGACACGGUGUGGAGCGUGCUGACGAACCAAACCACCGAGUCCACGCCGUCGGUCGUCCUGCACGAUGUGCAGGAGAUUGAGACCUGGAUUUUGCGGCUCCUAUCGGCACCGGUACCGAUCCCCGGUUCUACCCGGCUGGAGCUCGAUGUGCUGUCGGCGUCGCUGUACCAACCGCUGGUGUUUGCACUGCCGGACCACACCCGGUUCACGCUGGUGGACUUUCCCCUCCAUCUGCCACUGGAGUUGCUGGGCGUGGAGACGUGCCUGAAGGUGCUGACGCUGAUCCUGCUCGAGCACAAGGUCAUCAUUCAGUCGCGUGACUACAACGCGCUCUCCAUGUCGGUGAUGGCGUUGGUGCAUCUGAUUUACCCGCUGGAGUACAUGUUUCCCGUGAUACCACUGCUGCCGACGUGUAUGGGUAGCGCCGAGCAGCUGCUCCUUGCCCCGACACCCUACAUCAUAGGGCUUCCUGCUACAUUUCUGCUGUACAAGCGCAACUUCAGAUUGCCGGACGAUAUCUGGCUGGUGGAUUUGGACUCGACCCGGUUAACGCCGGCGUCCGGCGAUAUGGAGUCCAUACCGACGCUUCCGGAACCGGAAGGUGGCAUGUUGAAGAACCAUCUGAAGCAGGCACUCAGCUCGAUGACUACCGGUGCUCAAGCGUCGGGCUUCCACCAGCCGCCGCCGGUAUCGAUGGGAGGUAACGGGAAGGACGGCUUUAACGGGUCGACUGCCACGACCACGACGACGGGGUUGGCACUGCAAGCCCCGCAGCCCGGACAGCAGCAGCAGCAGCAGCAGCAGCAGCAGCAGACCCUGCCGAACCCGUCCGGUCCGGCACUGCAGGCGUCGGGCGGGUCGCAGCAACCGAGCCCGGUGGCAACCCCGGCGCAUCCGCUGCUCUUCGGCGCAGACGUCGACUCGGUAGACGUGGCGACCCGGGUGGCGAUGGUGCGCUUCUUCAACUCGCAGAACACGCUCACCAACUUCACCGAGCACACGCGCAUCUUGCGCCUGUACCCGCGCCCGGUCGUCGCGUUCCAGAUCAACAGCUUCCUGCGGUCGCGGCCCCGGACCUCCGCCUUCCUGAACCGGUUCGCCCGCACGCAGGCGGUCGAGUGGCUGGCCGAGUGGUCGCUGAUGCCGUCGAACGUGGCGUUCCUGCGCGUGCAGACGGGCGUCCUCGACCCGGGCCAGGUCGGCGACAAGCCGAAGUGGUACGCGCACGGGCUGAGCCCGCUCCGGUUCCAGGUGUGGGACGAGGGCAGCACGCUGAGCGUGGCGCUCAAGCGGAUGCUGCGGCAGGAGAGCCGCCCGACCGACGACAGUGGCUCCGAUUCGGAUGGCGCGGACAGUACCAGCUCGUCCUACUCGUCGCUCAGCGACUUCGUGUCGGAGAUCGCGUCGUCCGACCUGUCACCCAGCCUGCACGAGGUCUACGCCAACCAGCACCUCCACCACCACCAGCAGUACCAGCAUCCCGCCCCGCCGAAGACGCUCUCGUCCAACCUGGACCCGCGGCUCGUCUACCGGCCGCCGAGCUCACUGCGCUUCCCGGACGGGGUGCAGCCACCGUCGACGCGCCAGCCGGCGGGCGACGGGCACCGCGAGGACUCGGACGGCGACGGGUCGACCUCGUCCAGCCAGUCCGAUCUGAGCUCGCCCAGCUUCAACCGGGACUCGGAGUUCGAGUUCAACCCGCGGACCCGCUCCGAGCUGCACCUGGUGGUGCGGUCGGAGCGCGAGCAGGGCAGCUUCGAGAACGAGUCCGACUCGAACUCCACCAUCACGCCGCGGACCAUCGUGUCGAGGGACGCCGGUGCAGGGAGCGCCGGCACCGGCGUCGGUGUCGGUGUCAGCGUCGGAUCUGGUGCGAAGCUGGUAUCGAAGGUGGUGUCGCCGGCGACCCCGGCAUCGGCGAACGUUGGGCGGCAGCCGAGCGGAACCAACCUGCUCGCACGCACCUGCAGCUCCGGAUCGACCGGGUCCGGGUCCGGGUCCGGUUCGAGCCACCCGCCCUCGCUCGGAUCGACCGGGUCGCAGCGCCAGAGCUCACAGGGCUCCCUCUUCGAGGUCCUGACGUCGCAGGCCAAGGAACUGGUAAGAGAAACGACCCGCCAAAGCAGCCAGGACGGGCUGCUGGCCCAGAUGGACAAGUUGAAGUUGAAGGGCAAGGAAUUCGAGGAAGACCUGAAAAUUCUAGUCCCCCUCGAGCAGCUGACGCUGCAGGCGAGGAAAGCGGCCGAAGAGGCGUCGAAGCAGGCGCUGGAGGCGUCGAAGCAGGCGGCCGGCGUCAGCAAGAACACAAUCGAGGACCUGACGUACGUCGGCAAGUCCACGAUCGGUGACCUGACCAAGUCGGCGAAGGAGGCCGCGGCCAAGAAGGGGCUGCUGCAGCCGGGUGGUGGUGUUGGUGGUGGUGGCGGCGUCGGUGGUGGUGGCGGACCACAGCAACUCAGCUCCAACCUCAACACCGCCAGCAUCAGCAGCAGCAGCAGCCAGGUCGCCACCACCAACCAGUCACUGUUCUCGUCCAUCACGCACGACUUCAACGGUAUCGCCCAGUCGACAUCCUCCAUGUUCUCGGACCUGUUCGGUGGCAAGCAACGGCAGCACCAGCAGCAGCAGCACCAGCAACAGCAGCAGCACCAGCACCAGCACCACCAGCAGCAGCAUCAGCCGGGCGGCGGUGAGCCAGCGCGGCAAACCGUGCUACACCAGCAGCACAGCAAGCUGAAGGAGAAGCUCUCGUUCGACCCGUUCCCGGGCCGGAAGGGGCUAGUCGAGCGAAACCCGCUGAUCAAGCACUCCGGUCCGCGGCAAACGAAAGAGGAGCUCCAGCGGCUGCAGAACGCCGAGCGGUCGUCGAGCAAUUCGGAGAACCAGACGUUCCUGAAGGACCUGGUCAACCAGGUGCUGGCCGGCGAGGGCGUCGGCUGGCUGAAGCUGAACCGGCUUAAGAAGCUGAUGGAGGACGAAUCGUACCGGAUGCUGGUGCUGGGGAAGCUGAACCGAACGCUCGAGCGCAAGAUCGGCCCGGACGACCACAUCGACGACGUGUGCGUCCCGAAAGCGGUGUACAAGGGCACGCUGAAGUGCUUGCUGGCCAUCACCCACGGGCUGGAGCACACGGUCGCGAACUACGGGCUCGGCGGCAUGGCGUCCGUCUUCCAGAUGAUGGAGGUGGCGCACACGCACUACUGGAGCAAGGACAUGAGCGAGGGCGGAGGGGGCGAGAUACCUGCCAACCUGCUCGCCAGUCAGAACGUGAGCCCGCUCGGCAGCAGCGAGAACCUACGCUCGCCCCAGAGCCCCUCCGAGCUCUCCGACUGGAUGCUGGGUGGCGGGUCCCGCAAGAGCUCCACCGCCACCACCGUCGCCGACCUGGCGCGGCACGCGGCCGAAACGGACCACGAGAAGCAAACCACCACCGAGAUGUUUAAGGACAUGCUGUCACUGAAGCGGAACCUGCUGUUCCACAAGCUGACCUCGUUCGAGUCGGACGCAAGCGCAGUGGUGCAGGGCUCCUCGGGCACGCUGUCGGUCGCCAGCGACGUCCUGCCACAGCACGGGCCGACGGGCCCGGACUCGCUGGGGGCCUCCAUUUCGUGCCGCUCGACCGUGUCAGACACCGAGUAUGAGAAGUUUCCGAAGAGCUCUACGCUGAAGGAUGCGAAAAAGAUGGCGGGCGGUAUCUUCUCCGGCAAGUCGUCACUGAGUGCCGGCUUCCGGUACACCGGCGGCAGCCUGAUCCCGUCGUCCGGCUCGCCCUCGCCCGAUACCCCGCGCGUGUACCUGUUCGAGGGUCUGCUCGGAAAGGAGCGCUCGGGCGUCUGGGAUCAGAUGCAGUUCUGGGAGGACGCGUUCCUGGACGCGGUCAGCCAGGAGCGGGACAUGAUCGGCAUGGACCAGGGGCCGGGCGAGAUGAUGGAGCGCUACAAGGCACUGUCGGAGUCGGAGCGCAAGCGGCUCGAGCACGACGAGGACCGGCUGCUGUCGACGAUGCUGUACAACCUCACCGCGAUCCUGGUGAUGCUCAAGGUCAACAAGCUGGAGAUCAAGAAGAAGAUCCGCCGGCUGCUCGGCAAGAGCCACAUCGGGCUGAUCUACUCGCAGGAGGUGAACCUGCUGCUGGACCAGAUCAACAACCUGCACGGUAACGACAUUGACCUGAAGCCGCUGGCGUCACGGUUGCUGCACCGGCAGAGCUUCACCGUGCACCAGGGCGUCGACGCGAGUGGCUCGCUGCGCUUCAUUGAGGUCCGCGACGACGGCCUGGUGCUGCGCACCGUCAACGGCAGCAUCACCGAGCGCUGGUGGUUCGAGCGGCUCGUCAACAUGACCUACUCGCCGAAAACCCGGGUCCUGUGCCUGUGGUUGCGCAACGGGGGCCAAACGCAGCUACACAAGUACUACACGCGGAAGUGUAAGGAGCUGUACAACUGCAUCAAGGAGUCGAUGGAGCGCAGCGGGUGCGCCGGCCAGGCCGAGCUGGGAGGUGAGUUUCCCGUGCAGGACAUGGUCACCGGUGAAGGGGGUCUGCUGCAGGUGUGCCUCGAAGGUGUCGGACUACUGUUCGCCAACAGCAAGCAACCGCAGUCGACUCCCAGUGUUCAUCCCAAAACAAAACAGAUCAUCCAACGAAAGUAUAAAUCCGCAAUGGCCGAUCAAAUCUGCUACGCGGUGCUGUGCGUAUUCUCGUACAUUGCCGCUGGCCAGGAGCAGGCCAUUCAUCGACCGGGCCCCCAUCAAGGCACCCCGUUCGCCCGGCCCGGAGCUGGUGCGCCCAGUGGCGCCCAGGAACCGAGGGCAACCCACACCGGGGGUGCGCCCAAGCCACCGCCACCCUCGCUCAUCCAGCAGUCGGUGAAAGUCCCGCAGACGCAUCUGCCACCGCAAGCCAAGCCGGCCAAGCAGCAAAUCGCCGUCGGUCGGCCAGUCGGUGCCGCCAAACAGGCACCGCAGUUGGAGCAGCAGCAACCGAUGGUACCACCGCAACAACAACCACCACCAGCACAACGAAGCUGUUCGCAGGAGUCGGCGGCCGUGGCGUCACCGAAGCCGGCCGACCAACCGGCCAAAGGCAGACCACCGCCGACGGUGCCGGCACGGCCCCCGGCGGUGCCCGGCAGUGGACCGGCCGGUGCUCCCCCGCCGGCGGUGCCGGCCUCCAGCAGCAGCCCACCAGUCACGAAAGCCCCUAUCCUGCCGGCGGGCGGAAACCGGGGUCCUCCGCCGGCCAUUCCACCCCGUUCCAACCUAGCGCAACGCUCGGACUCGGUGGCCACUAGCUCGGCUUUACAGCAGCAACAGCAGCAGCAGCUACACCGACAGUACUCUGCGAUCGAGCCAUCGUCGGCGAUGUCGCAUCACAGCAGCAGCAGUCGCGCCGGCGUCAGAACGUCUCCACUGCGAUUCGAACAGUCGAGACGAUCGUCUGAUCACGAGCCCACCGGUACCGGUAGCCGGCAGUAG